AUGGCGAGUCGGCGGGAACGGAGGCUUCCGCCCGCACCCGCUUUCCAGAUGGAGAACCCCUUCAGCGUGAAGGUUCUUCAGGUCUUCACUGGCGCCGGCGUCGGCUGCGGCGUCGGAAUCGGCGUCGGCCGCCCCAUCUACCUAGGUAUGAUACUGGGCCUUCAACAAGUUAUGAGUGCCACAAGAGGUGCAACCGAUUCUUUUUCUGGUGUCACGAGACAUGUUAAUUCUGCUCUAAGGAAAGCAGGGUUAAAGAACAUUGAAGCGGGCAUUGGAUGCGGAGUUGGUAUAGGACAUGGUUUUGGGAUAGAAAGACUGGUCGUGAUUAUUUUCAAUUAUAGUGGCUCAUCAAGUAAAAACAUCUUUAAUCUCUUACCCGCUCAGUAUAUCUGUUCUUCUCUUGAUGGCCACAUAAUAGAAGUUUUGUCCAAGUUAACUUCAAAGCUGAGGGAUUCCAGUGGGGAGACAGCUACAUCAGAUCUUACCUCUGGGUCCUUGCCUACCAGUGGACAAACACCCAAUGGUAUGUCCAUGGAUCUAGAGGCUAAGGCAUUCAAAAGCGAUUUCCACCAUACUUCAAGCAAUGAAAUAUCACAAGUACAGCCGACUCAUGAAUUGCGUGACCAGAAUGGGAUGCCGCAAGAGAUGAUAACAGGAGGUCGAACUGAAAAGGUCAUUGCCAACUUUCUGCAGAGUCCCCUGUUCCAGAAUGAUACAAAAACGGACAUCAGGGAUGCAGCUGUAAAUUUGCAUGGGACGGACAAUGUGUUGCAAAUCGUGCUGAAGCACCAAAGAGUUAUCGAAGAAUUACGAGACGAGAAUGAAAAGCUGCGUCAGGUGCUCAUAGAGGAACUUAAGAUUUCACCAGCUAAAUUACAAUCGGAUCGGACAAGUGGAGUGAAGGCCUACUAUCCAUGCUCGGAGUGCUUUGACUGCCGCCGUCGAAGUCGGAAAUCAAACAGAUAG